AUGGUAUGUAUGAAAUUUUGCAACUCAUCCAUAGAAAACAGUAUCCAGUUGACCCUCCCACAGAGCCACCAACAACAGCUGUCCGCUGUACCUGAGAACUCGGUUGUUACAACCUGGCAACAGCCGAUUGUCACGCAACAACAACAACAGCAGCAGCAGCAAGCCUACUUCGUUUCACGAUUGGCCGGGGAACUUCUAGUUUCUCGGACUGACAAUAUGAACCUACGCCACAUAAGCCGGCAGUCACAGGAAGAUGCCUUCUGCUGGCACCAAGAGUACGAGCGCCUUCUCGGUGAGUAUUGGAAGGUUUCGGAACAUAAUGCUGCCCUUUUGGGUCAGGUUUCGAGACUGAAAGAGCAGCUCCGGUCAGCUAGGUCCAGGCAAGGUACCCAGAGAGCUCGUCGCGAUAGUGGAAGCGCUGUUGUGUCGACUUUGAAAGUAGAAGGCGCCUCGGGCACCAUGAGCAACGCGAUUGUAGGCAGUGGAACGAGUGAGGGCAUCAAACAAGAGGUCAAUGCACACCUAGAUGGUGAACGAAGUUAA